AACGUGUUUAUAGUACCUUUUGAUCGAUAUAUUUCAUGUCAUUGAAUUAACUGAUAAAAUAUUUAUUGAUAAGCUCUUCUGGUCUGUAUCCACAUAACAUAACAACAAUGAUUAUUCAUAAUUAGUGAAAUAAUCUCUCAAAUAUCUAUCUAAAUAUUAAAGUAAAGUUAUCAUUUAUUCCACGGUUGCAGUAUGUUGAUUUGAUUGAUUACAGUAGUAUAGCUACAUUACUAGGCAUUUACAAUUUUAUCGAGAUUUGAAUUCAAGGUUACGAAUUGCGUACCAGUGAGAUUAUUUUUUCUAUCAUGACUCCUAAAGUAGUUUCGGUAUAUGAAAAUACAGAAAAACUUGGAAUAGAACUAGCAAAGAAUCUCUCGGAACUUGCUAAUGAUGUACUUAAUAAAGGUGGAAAUACAGUAUUUAAAAUUGGGCUCUCAGAAUAUUUGGCCAAGGUUGAAACUGAUUGGUCUAAAUGGAGAUUUUUUUUUUGUGACGAACGAUUAGUUCCAUUUGAUGAUGCAGAGUCAACAUAUGCGCAAUAUAGAAAUAAAUUUAUUGGCCAUCUUCCUGUAACAGAGGAUCAGUUUAUCAAGAUAAAUCCUCAACUUUCAGUUAAUGAGGCUGCAAAUGAUUAUAUUAAAAAAAUGUCUGUUUAUUUUGCUCCUUACGAAUUACCUCGCUUUGACGCAUUAAUAUUGGGUGUUGGUCCUGAUGGACAUACAUGCUCUUUAUUUCCUGGGCAUAAAUUAUGUGAUGAAACAUCAGUUUGGGUUGCACCAAUCUCUGAUUCUCCAAAACCUCCACCUAAUAGAAUUACAUUAACAUUUCCUAUUUUAAACAACGCUAGAUACUGUGUAUUUGUGGCGACUGGAAGUUCAAAAGCUGAUAUCAUUAAGCGUAUUCUCAAGGAUAAUGAACAUUUACCAGCUAAUUGUGUGAAACCUACAAAUGGCAGUGUACAAUGGCUCUUAGAUGAACUUGCAGCCAAAUUGUUACAAGAUGAAACAUCAUUAUAAUUUAUGAAAAUUUAUUAAAAAGUUGAAGAUAUAAGAAACUAAAAUUUCAUUAAAUUAUGAGUGUUAUGAUAAAUUUUAAGUUAAGUGAUUGAAUUGAUUUUAUAAUUUAUUAUUGUUAAAAGUUAACUCAGAAAUUAGAAAAUUUUAUGAAAUAAAAUAAUUAAUCUCAA